AUGCUGUCUGCUUCAAAUCUUGGCGACUGCAAGAACCCUUCCUGUCCUGACAAAGGCGCUUGUAUCUGGUACUACCCUUCGGAUGGGAAUGCUUCUGAGGACCGGAACUGCAUUCUCGUAGUUUGCGUCUGCGGUUGCCCUGGAAGAAUGCAUGCCCAACGUGCAGCAAAAGGGCCAUCGACCGAAGCAACUCCGGAGCCUCCUCAGGCUACCAACCAUCCGGCUCCACCCUCUGGGCCAGAGAUCAAGACCGCCCAACCCCAGCCUUCCACGACCUCAUCAAAGACCUCGACCUUUCCUGGUUUCACGUCGUUUUCUGGCCUAAACAAAGCGUAUCAAGAGCGGCUUCAGCAGCAGACUCCAGUGCCGGGGUUUGAUCCAGGAACUGCGGCGCGCAGAGAGGGCUUAGACAACCUCAAAAAGACGACAAAGAAGAGGUCAAACCCCAGUACCAAAUCCAACCAGAACCCAUCGUCGAAGCGGCGUGCAUCCGAUAAAGAAAAACAGCAUGCCUCCGAUGUUUUGGUUCUUGAUCUCAGCGUGGUCCUACACCCUCACGCACGAAGCCUGGACAUUGUCGGUUCUGUUGCCAUGCCUGAUGCUAUUGGGGCAGGGUUUGCAGCCAUGAACGUCCGAAUCAACUCGUCCAUGGAUCCUGCGGCCAUCUUGAAGGUUCUCAAAGAGCAGCUCCCCCGUGCACUUUCCAACCACCCGGAACUCUCCCUCGAUGGCGUCCGAAUCCUUAUAAAGGCCGGCGGUGGCCAGGGAAAAUAUACUCGGAUGAAAGCCUAUCCGGUUGUCGGUGGAGACGCAACCUUCGCCGAUAUUCAAGGAUGUUAUGUCGCUGGGGCGUACCGCGGGGCACCUAACUGGAAGAAUAUUCUUUACCUUAUCCCUGCAGUCGGAACCAGGAACUUCGACGUCGAUGGCAUUGAACCAGAGGAAGACUCCUCUGCCUCUGAUGACGCAGGGACUGAGGACGACGAGCGUUGUUCUAUGUCUAGCGGUGAACAGGUGGACAAGGAUGGACGUAGAAUGGAGGGAAGCCAUGAUGGAUCAGCAUGGCCAAGUAUCAACUACGAUCUCUUCGACAAGAUGCCCUCGGCAUAUUCUACUGUCAACAAACUGGUGCUGGUAGCGGAGAACGAGCUAGCGCCCGAGCUGGCUGAGAAGCUUUUGCUAUCUGCCUAUGAUGGGCUGCAGAGCAAGCUUUUCCCCAUUCUCAUGUUUGUCAUGGAGCUGAGAGCGCUAAUCAAGAACAGCUCCACCAGCUUCCAAACUUCAUGCCGGUUUGCUGAAGGCUUCAAGCUCGGGGAAUUCGGACUAUCGCCGGCCAUCGAAAUCUUCCAUCGACUGUACUCUGUCACACUUUCUGCGGCCCGUAGUGGGUACAUCCCAGAUACUGUACGCGACCACAUUGUCGAUGGAAUGGAGCCUCUCGCAUCUUCCAUGCUUGUACUUGUCAGCCACUUCCGCUCCUCGACCAGCAGGUCGAGCUGGGAUCCUCCUGGGGUGCGAGACCUCCGCACUGCUUUAAAGCUUUCCCGUGUCUCCUAUUUCGAGGAAGCGAACGAAGAGGACCGUCUAGAAAUGUUUCACCUCACACUCGACAGUCCUACCGAAGCAUUACGGGCAGCACUGGUCAAGCAUUUUGGAAGCGCCAACAGGGCUACUGAUAUGGUGCUGACCAACGUCAAGACGGGCAAGCACGGAAUGGACGAGUUCUUCCAACGGUUCAUCGACCCUCUCCUUGACAUAUACCCUGUCGAUGUCUCCAACUCAAAGGAUAUGUUCACACUUUUCACCGUAUUUUGUAAAGAGUUGGCCCACAAGAUCACGAACUUCAAGAAGAGCUAUCGCGGAACACGUCAGAGCACCAUGACCGACGACGAAGAGGGAGGGCCCGGAGGGGAUGGGAAGAGAACUAGGGCUGGCUCGGCUAAGGCUGCGGACAACGAAGGAGACGGUGAGAUACCUAGAAGGAAGACCAGGGGAAGCGCCUCGAAGGAUCCGGGUACCAAGGGAGACACAAAGUAA